GCUGCAGUCAGUCGCAGGCUGCUUGCCGUGAGCUCCGGUCUUUAAUCCUGUCUCUCUGCGAUGUGCUAUGUAGUGUCGUGUGUGGCCAAGUGUUGACCCGCGUCCAGAAGCCUUCAAGAUGCAUCACAGACAGAAACUUUGUGACAAGCUGAAGAGUAACUUCCUCAGGAAGUGGUGGUUUGUAAUCGUGGUCGGGCUGGUGCUGAUUCUAUUAGGCGCCAUCGUCACGGUGUACUUCUCCUCCUGGAUUAACUCGAUCAUUGACAACAAAAUAAUCCUGAGGAAUGGCUCCCAGACGUUCGGAUGGUGGCGGAAACCACCCGUGGAACCCGUCAUCAGAAUCUACGUGUACAAUGUGACGAACCCCGAGGAAUUUCUUUACGAGGGCAAGAAACCGAUGCUGGACGAACUGGGGCCCUACGUUUACGAAGAAGUUUGGGAGAAAGUGAACUUGCGAAUCAAUGACAAUAAUACAAUCACGUUUAACCAGCGCAAAACAUUCAAAUUUGUACCUGAACUCUCUGUUGGUGAUCUGGAAGACGUGGUUGUUGUACCCAACAUACCCAUGCUGAGUGCAACGUCUCAGAGUAAACACGCAGCUCGCUUCUUACGACUGGCAAUGGCGUCCAUCAUGGACAUUCUUAAGAUCAGACCGUUUGUCGAGGUGCCGGUGGGAAAACUGCUUUGGGGUUAUGAGGACCCCCUGUUGAAGCUUGCAAAGGACGUGGUGCCUAAGGAACAGAAGUUGCCCUACGAAGAGUUCGGCCUCAUGUAUGGCAAGAAUUCGACGUCGGCAGACAAUGUCACCGUGUUCACCGGAGGCAAUGACAUCAGGCAGUUUGGAUUAAUCGACAAGUUCAAUGGUCUCUCGCAUCUGACUCACUGGAAGACGGAGAAGUGUAACAGACUGAACGGCAGUGAUGGUUCCAUCUUUCCUCCUCACAUCACACCGAACACCACUCUCUACGUAUACGAGAAGGACCUCUGUCGCCUGCUUCCCCUCAGGUUUUUACAAGAGGUUGAGACUGCCGGAGGGGUUAAGGGCUAUAGAUUCACGCCCCCGAAAGAUGUGUUUGCAGAUGUAGCGAAAAAUCCAGAAAAUGACUGUUUCUGUCCAUCGGGUCCUCCAUGUUCUCCAAAUGGACUCUUCAACAUCAGUCUCUGUCAGUUUGACUCGCCGAUAAUGUUGUCUUUCCCGCAUUUCUACCUUGCCGACCCGAAGCUGCGAGACGCCGUCGAGGGAAUGAGCCCGCCUGAUCCGGAGAAGCACCAGCUCUACAUCGACGUUCAGCCUCAAAUGGGCGUGGCCUUGGGCGCCCGGGCAAGGAUUCAGCUGAACUUGGCCGUGAGUCAAGUUGUUGACAUCAAGCAGGUCGCCACCUUCCCUGACAUUGUGUUCCCCAUCAUGUGGUUUGAAGAAGGCAUCGAUCAUCUUCCGGAGGAAGUCACGGACAUGUUGAGUCUGGCUACGAAUGCUCCGCCCAUCGCUCGCGCUGUCAUCGCCUAUGGACUAUUUGCUCUGGGAAUCGUCUUGUUGGUCAUAGCCGUGACGUGCCUUAUCCGAAGUAGCGGACGCCAAGAGACCCUGAACCUCGAGGGAACCAGCCAUUACGUGAAGCCGGAAAAGAAACCUCCGACCACGACGGGACAUCCCGACGCUACGAACGGUCACACCAAUGGCAAGGGAAAGACGCUGGAAACUCUAAACCCAGCAUUUGUAGGGGGCCCGGAGAAUGGCGUAACAAAUCAAUGAAUUUUUUACAAUUUCGUAAUGAUACAGCAAAAGAGUCGAUUGAUCGACCAGUGAAGUUGACAGUCUUUUUAACCAAUGAUAAUGUAAGCCGUGAAAAAAAAAAACUUAAGAUUGUUGAUCUUGAAGAACGGUUCCAUUGAUCCUUUAGACGUUUUCGAAACUUCCGGAGAUGUUAAAACGCGUAACCAACUGUUCUGAAUUUUCGGAACAGAAGAUUCUUAUUUGAACGCAUCGAGGCAACAUUUUAAGAAGGAGUUUUUGGGUUUCCACUCCAAAUUCGUCUUUCAGAAGUGCACGACGUUCGUCUCUCUCUGUGUUUCCGAUGUGUAUUUUAAACGUCAUCAUUAAAUUUUACUUGAAAUCCUGACUGACAUCAAAGAAACAUUCCGCACGUCACGAAGCUGAGAGACGUUAGAGAAAAUUUAAUCUGUCACCUGGAAUCGAGACUAAACUAAUAAUUUCUGGCUAAAUUUGGUGAGACGGAUGAAAAUUUGGCAGGUACUUCAGUUGCGUUAGAAUUCGUCUUUUAAAUUAUUGUAGGAAUUAUUUUACGUCGGAUGAACCUGUCCAAAAUUGGUUCGACGGGACGACCGUUUUAGAUGUGGUCGGUCGCAGUCUCGAAUAUCAGUUGCGCCAUAAGGAUGUUAAUUCUUUCGACUCACGUUCUUCAGCUCAUGAACGAUCCAACUGCCCCAGUAUCGCUCUAACGCACUACUAAACCGUUUAUUCAAAGGUUAAAAGUGCAGCCAGCACCCCCCUCCCCAAUAAUAUGGGCAUUUAAAUAACUUUUUCCAGUGCGAUAAAGUUUUUAGUGUUAAAUUUCCUUAGUUUCGUACUAAAACUUAUUCAUUUCCUCCGUAGAGAAAAUUGUCCGCGAAGUUUUAACUUCUUUUAACGUAUGGCGCUCGUAUCUUCUGACGUGGCAUUUGAGCGUCGAACUCUGGAGUGACACGUCGAGUCAGCAAACUGAAUCAGGGUUGUUACGCCUUUUAAUUUAAAUUUAAGAAAAUUCUGAUGUAUUUUGGACUUUCGUAAGGGCAGAAAACGUACAAACGUACAAAUGUACAAACGAACACUUAAAUUUUACAAUUAUGUUAUAAAAUUUUCACGUCAGAUCUCCGUCCAUGUUUAGGCGUAGGAUCACGUAGAUCCGGCUGCCUUUAUGAUAUAUGACGUAAACAACUCGAAGACAGAUUCCGAGUGACUGCGGUCAGUUUUGCUAGCGUCUGAUUCCGAGUGACUGCGGUCAGUUUUGCUAGCGUCUGAUUCCGAGUGACUGCGGUCAGUUUUGCUAGCGUCUGAUUCCGAGUGACUGCGGUCAGUUUUGCUAGCGUCUGAUUCCGAGUGACUGCGGUCAGUUUUGCUAGCGUCUGAUUCCGAGUGACUGCGGUCAGUUUUGCUAGCGUCUGAUUCCGAGUGACUGCGGUCAGUUUUGCUAGCGUCUGAUUCCGAGUGACUGCGGUCAGUUUUGCUAGCGUCUGAUUCCGAGUGACUGCGGUCAGUUUUGCUAGCGUCUGAUUCCGAGUGACUGCGGUCAGUUUUACUAUCGUCUGAUGAAUUAACUUUUAUACGUUUAAUCUGUUUUCAGUUGUUUUUCCUGUUUGCUCUGUUGUUUUCGCACACGGAAUUAACGUUCCUCAGGUGAGCGCGUGCGGACGAAUCUGUUAGGGUCGAUGGUUCUCGACAAUCCUCUCUAACUUCAUGGGGUACGGAGUACGGUGAUGGGGUCAGGAUGCGUCAUCGCCCUCUGAAAAGAAUGUUUUGUCGCUCCACGUUGUUCCUCGACUUUUGUAAACUCUGGCGUAAUAUUCUGAUGUAUUGGUAUUUUAAUUCUGAUUUGACAGAUUUGAGCAUUACGAUGUGAACAAAUUGUAUUCAUAAGAACGUGACUGCCGCCUGUGGGACGGUCACUCUCACGUACUACAAGCAUUUUAGUUAAGUAUGUAGUACUUCUUCUUCGUAUAGAAAUGUUUAAUUAUGAUUUUCUGUGCAUUCUACUGAAAGAGCUAUUUUGUUAUUAAUUUUCUUUUCCCACGUAACGAUGUACAUAUAAUUAGCGUAGUACAAAUAUGAAGAUGCGCGAAUUAAAGGAUUGUGAUGGAUUGCGAGUUCUGAGGCGUUGUGUGUGGCGGUGGAAAGUGACGGGAUCACGUACUUGCGUGCGUUUUUAAAAUGCAGAAAGCAUUUUACUGGAACGCCAAACCAUAGGUAAAAUUGAAAUUUUUUUUUGGAAGAUUUUUUUAUUUGGUUUCAAGGUGGGUUGUGAUUUUGUUAUGCCAGAAUUUCGAAGGAACAUACCACCUCUAUAUUCAGUAUAGCCAUUUAUGAGACUAUCACAAAGCAAUUGAAAUAUAGGAAGUGUCUGAUUGCGUCGCGUCACGACAGAUGAAAUUUGCGCUGACUUACGCUUACGCGUGUUCGUCUUACGAUGCCCGUACCUUAGUUGAAAGGUCGCCGAUGCUUGUCCGUGGAACACGCGAGACAGUUUUCGUAAAGUAUAUUUUUUAAGUGUCCACGUGACUGACUUUUUGUAAAUUUUUUGAGGUGACCUUUCAACUUUCCGCUGCGUCAUUUGUCAAGUUUAAUAUCAGGAAAAAAUUUAUUAAUUUAAAAAUAUUUUUAAUUCCUUGUGUUUAUUGUGUAUAUAAGAACAUUUUGAUCUCGUGCAGCCGAGGUACGCGGGUAGCGGAGGGUUUACGUGGAUUUCUAAUCAUUUCAGGUUUUAUAAUAAAAUUUCUGGCGUCUGUUAAUUGUGACGUUGUCUGGUUUUGGCUUUCCGGUAAGAAUCGUCUUUCUUGCAGUGUGAGUGUCUGUAAAUACCACAUGUAUAUGAAUGAUAACUGUUAAAUGAAGUUGCAUCGCAGCUGAUGUUAUUACGCAUCAUAUAAAGUGCAAUUACUAUGAAUUUUGCUCAAAAUUCAUUUCCAGUAUGUUUUACUCUGUCUUCCAUUAUUAUUACAGAUUGAUCAUGCACUUACCUGUACUUAUUUACGUUGUUAUUAUUUUUUUUAAUUAAUAUUACAUCGAACAC